CUUCACCAGAACUUUCAAGAACCUGGUAUGCCAAUUCUGGCAUGCUAGCUGUCAUGCGAGGAUAUCAUAUUCGAAUCAUCAUAUCAUCGAAGAAAGACUUGCCAGACACCGCUGUUCCCCCAGCUUUCUUUCAGCAUCUUCCAUCUCACAAACCCAUUCCGACUACUCGUCGUAACGCUACAUUCAACCCCUGGAACAAGGAUUACCGCUUUGGACCCAUACGUUUAGAUUGGUCGGACAGAAUGAGCUCAUCUUCCUCGAAUGCUGUAGGAAAAGAAAAGGCGCAUAGUCACGAACCUGCGGUAGCAACAUUUGUACCAAGUGACACUCAGCUAGCAACUGGGUCGACCAAUUUACCGGAAGGGAUAGUUCACGUCUUUCGGGAGUCCGCCAAACAGCCCGACGAGCAGGAUACCUCCACCUUCACCAGGUCUAAUGCCAACACAGAUGGGAUCAUGCUAGGCGUGUUGGCUGUACCAUCGUGGAUGACACCAUCCGAUUUCCUCGCUUUUGUAGCUCCAGCCGCUGAAAGUAUAUCUCACUUGCGUAUGAUUCGGGACUCUGCUCCAAAUCGCUCGAUAGUCGUUAUCAAGUUUCCGAAAUUGGAGGAUGCCACUGAGUUUAUUGAGGCAUAUAACGGCAAGCCAUUCAACUCUAUGGAGCCAGAAAUAUGCCACGUUGUUCAUGUUUUGUCUGUGAAUGUAGAGAUGGACGACCAUGUAUCGCAUUCAAUAUCACGUCUUACUUCUGGUCUGGGACCAUCAUAUGAACUACCUACAUGUCCUGUCUGUUUGGAACGGAUGGACUCCGCAGUCACCGGACUGAUUACUGUUCCGUGCUCUCACACAUUCCACUGCAUGUGUCUGAGCAAAUGGGGCGAUAGCAGGUGCCCCGUAUGCCGAUAUUCUCAGACGCUUCUUACAUCCCAUCCGGCGUCUUCCUCGUCUACUCGUUCCAUCCCCUUUGCAAAUCCUUCUACAUACUCUCUGUCGUCAUGUUCAUCUUGCUCGUCUACUGCCAACCUCUGGAUUUGUCUUAUAUGCGGCAAUAUUGGCUGCGGUAGAUAUGGCCGUGCCCAUGCUCAGGAACAUUAUCAGUUGACGACACAUCUCUACUCAUUGGAACUGGAAACACAACGUGUCUGGGACUAUGCCGGAGACGGAUAUGUUCACCGUCUCAUUCAAAACAAAGCUGACGGGAAGCUAGUAGAGCUCCCUAGCGCAGCCUCAUCCAUGGGCACGAGUCCAAGAGAGGGAGGUUUAGGACCGAGCCCUGCCGACGCGCUCAGUGCCGAAAAGAUAGAAGCCAUCGGAAUCGAGUACUCCUACCUGUUGACCUCGCAGCUGGAUUCUCAAAGGUCUUACUAUGAGGACCAGACGGCAGAGCUGAAAGCCCAAGUUAAUGAUCUGAAGCAGAUAGUAUCGAAGCUCACUGCCGACUUUGAGAAUGCUCAGACGGAUAUGAGGGAGCGGGAGCAUCGAAGAAUGAAAGAAGAGGAAGCGCGCGUGGCAGAGUUGACCAAAGACAAAACUAAGGCUGAGAGUCGAGCAGAUACUAUGUCUCAAUUGGCCAAGAGGUUAAAGAAAGAACUAGAUGAGGAGAGAGCAGUGAGUGAAGGCUUGAUGAAGAAUUUGGAGAAGAUGAAGGAGAAGGUGGAAGCUGGGAACACGCAGUCUGCGGAGGCUCAAGCUAAGAUCAGGGAUUUGGAGGAUCAGCUUCGCGAUGUGAUGUUUUAUCUGGAGGCGAAGACUCAUAUUGAGAAUGGGGACGGCGUUGCUGGAGAGGCUCUUGGCGGAACCAUUCAAGUUCCUUCACCAUCGACUACCAAGAAAAAGUCUCGGAAAGGAUGACACUGUUGUCCAUGGGUAGAGUCCAGUGUUCACAAUUUGAAGGGGCGGUAUAACCAGUAGCUUAUGUAUACUAUGUUGCAAACGGCGCAUAAAUAAUGUUAUUCUAGCCCAAUUCCAGCUCUAUUGCAGAAUUCCAG